AUGGCCCAACUUUCUGUGCAGCAUUGUAUCACCAUGAACUCCAAACAAUGGAAGCUGCCAGACAACAUGAUCAAAGAGAAGGAAGGUGGUGGCCAUUGGCUGCAGUUGAGGGUAGACCCCAAAGCAAGGCCUACCAUCAAAGACUCUGUGGGCUACAGGGCUCUGGUGGAGAAAAGGAAUGCAAAGGUCUUUGCUGCACCUCAUGAUGCCCUCUUUGGGCAGGAAGAAGCUGGUGAGCCAACAGAUGACUUGGUGAUUGACUAUACCCAUGACAAUGUCAACAUGUUCUUCUACUACAUGCAGGAGUCUGGUGUCAAGAUCACUACUGAGGGAGAAGGCAAAAGACCUUAUUCUAGGACUGGCAAGCACAGCAAGACUGCUGAUAAGCCAGCUGGCCAUGCUGAUAAGGAUGUGGAUCUCAAUGAUCCAUCAUACAACUGUCCUCACACUUUGUUCAUUUGGUUUGAUCCCAUUUUGAAGCUGUGGUUUGUGUCAACUCAGCCCAUCAUGGACAUUGGCAAGGGUUCCCCUGAAUGGGAUGAAGUUGCCAUAUUGGCUUGCAUGGAUGUUGACAUGGAGACAGUUUGGGCACCAUGGAACAAUGAGCAGACUGCCAGACUCAAAGUGGAGUUUGGUCAGACUCAUGAGUCUUUGAAGGCUCAGGCUCUUGAGACCAAGCUCAAGGAAGCUGAGGCAAAGCUGGAGAAGUGGCAGGAGUGGUGGCACCAUGGGGGUUCCAAUGAUUUGGUUGAGGGACCUCCAUCUUGCCCUCCACCACCACCUAAGGCUGCUCAGCCAGGUCAAGGGUUGAAGAGGCCCAGGAUUGAUGAGGCAACAUACCAUAAGGCUGGUGUGUUGCCUCCUCCACCUCCUCCAGUGCCUGGUUCAACUGAGAAGCCUGAAAGGGCAUCAGGAUCUAAGGGUGACACUGAGAAGGUCAGCUACUCAUGGAAAUCUAGAUGUGUUGCCUUGGUGGCCUCGCUUGAGAUGAAAUUGCCAGUUCGCAUGGGCUAUUUGGUCAAUAAGUUCAAAGAAAACGAGCAAUUCAUGGGCAUGCUCAAUUUGCACAAGGAGGCUAUGGAGAGAUUUGGCACUGAUGCCAAGUAUGACUACUGA